UCCGAUGUCCGAUAAACGCGUUUCUCUUUCUCUCAGUUUUUCCCGCCUAGAAAAUCAAAAGCCCGGCAGCCCGCGAGCCAAACACAUCUCUCCCCGUUGUAAAUGGCUAAAACUAUUCCAAAAUAAUGGUGUCAUGUUUAUUGGAUUAGGUUAGAUUCUGUGUGCGUUUCUUUCAGCGAUGCGUACCACAAGAAUCAAGAAGAAUCACUCUACGCCCUCCAAACAAACCCCUUUUCCUCCUCUCCGAGCCCUAAUUUCCGCAAUUCAAUCCCCAGAGGAUCUGAAGCCGCCACUCACGAAAGCCAUCUACUCCCUACUGCUCCACCUGUCCUUAAACGGAGCGUUUUAUCGGUCUAAUUCUUCACCUCCUGAAGCGGAUUUCAAAGACGUGCAUAAACUCUCGGACAUCUUGUUCGAAGAACUCGAUCGCAGAUUCAAGCGGUUUUUCUCCGAUUUACACGAACUUAGCUACUCGGGCACAGAUAUACGUACCGGCGUUGUGGAAGAACUAACCCUGCUGUUGCGGUGUUGUCUGGUGAUCUUGAGUUUGCUUGCAUGCGACCAGAAUUUGUUGUCGGAGAAAGGCCGGGUUCUGCUUUUCAUAGUCAAGGUUUUGACUUCUUUGGACGCUAUUGGAGACUGUGAGAGGGAGAGGAGAAAGAGUUUUAGCUUCGAGAAGUCGGUUUCGCGUGAAUGCGGUGAUGGUGGUUGUACGACCUCGGUCGCCGAGGACUUCGCGGCUUCCUUGUGUUUUCUGGAGCCUUCUGAUCCCUGCCGACCGUUUUUAUGUUCAUUGCUCGAGGUUUUGGCAGAUGAGCUUCUAACAAGUAGAUCAUUGAGGGAGUACCUCAUGCUAGUUGAUUCUACUUCCUCCAAAAAUGAAGUGCUGUUUACGUGCCAUUUUCGUCUUGGUGAUAUUGAAAGUGUGCUGGAGGUGGUUUCUGCUCAUUUUGUCCUAUCGGUUUCUGAUGAGCAGGCUUUUGAGAAUUUCAUUAACAGUUUAGUUUGGCAGCAUGACAAGGGUUUUAGAUUUCCUGAACUGAGCCUCACUUCAGCCAUAUCAUUGCUUCUUAACCCCAUCAUGCUUUCUGCGCCAAAGAUGUUCCAGGCCCAUGUAAUUUCAUUGGUAUCUGAAGCCAUUGGUAUUUGCAUGUCUUCUAAGAAUUUGAGGCCGGAUCUUAGACUUUUGGAUUUGUACCUUGCAGCAUUUGAAAGGUCCGUCAUCUUAUACACCAGACACAUGUCUAGUUUGCAGAUGGAUGGUCAUCCUUUAGGAUCUAAAGCUUCUGCCAAUCUGUGUAUGCUUGAGAGAAGUCAGCCGACUUUUGACUCUUAUGUUCAGGAAGCUACAAGAAAUAAAAUUGACCGUGUGGUUUCCAAAUCAGACGAUUUGUGGGACUCUUACUUACACAAUAUGUUCUUUGCUACAAAAUCUGACCUGGUGGCUGGAUCUCUUUUGUAUAUGAAAGAGAAUCAACAUGUUUUUGAUGAAUUAUGCAGAGACGAGAUUUUAUCAAUCUUAGAUUGUAUCAUACUUAGAGCUUUCUCAGAUGAUGUUAGUGAUACUGUAUUGUAUAAAAAGGGGGAGACAAGUUCCCAAGAUAUUUAUCUUCUUGCUUCCAUAUUGAAGUUAUUGAGUAGUUCAUUGGUGCAAGCUAUUUGUUGUUUAAGGCAUAGUGGGAAUUUAGGAUGUCUGAAAACCUUGGAAAAUGCAUCUUCAUGUAAGCAAUAUGAUUUUAUUGUGGGUAUUAUUUGCUGUUUCCAACAAUUCAAUACCUGUCUACCAGUCCAAAGAUUCUUGAGUGACAUGAUGAAAACUCACACAACAAGGCAUAAGGAGUCCAAGUGGAUGCUUUUGCACUUUUCAGGCUUACUGUCUCUAAGUUUUAAUAGUGGGCUUAAUUUCUUAGUGAAGGGCUGCAUAUCUAUGAUGAUGGCACUGAUGAAUCUAUUUGCUUUUGAAGAGGGUGAUUUGUUAGCACUAAGGUCAUUGCUUGCAACCAGAUUAGAUGAAGUUCAAGAGCCCUUGGUGAACCAAAAAUCUAGUAGAAGAGUUGCAUCAAGAUUUCGAAAGAUUCAGACGCUCCACUUAAGAAGCUUCCAUCAAAUAAUGGAAAACAAGCAAGUACAAACUUCACAGAAUGUCUCGAUCCUUAAUCAAAUGAAGGAGUCUAUUGAUGGGACAGAGGAGGAAACAGUGGAAACCUGCAAUGGGAAGAUCUUCCUGAAUUGUGUAUUAGAUGACUCCCGAAAAUUAUCCGAUUAUGAUGAUCUAGCAGACUUCAUAGAGUGCAAGCGAGGGAAGGAUUAUAAUGGCUGGUUGAAGGAUCGGCAAAGAUAUCGUAAUCGGAAAUCUCAGAAAAUGGCAGUUUUGAGGUGGAAGAAAAAGAUAAAAACUCUGAAGUUGAUCAGAAAGAAAUAAUAAAUUGUAUGUAUAGCUUUGUAUAUAAUUGUGCAUCAGCACUGUAGGCUGACCAGCAAAUUUUUCAGGUUAGAAAUAGGUGCAGGGCAGAAUUUUUGUAUCUAGUUUUGAAUAAGUAUUGUAGGCGGACCAGCAAAUCUUUGUAGCAUUUGCAAUAUGUCCAGCAUGGAAUUUGUCAUGAAAAUGGCAUUUGAGGCUCCAUAAUUUUAUUUUCCAUUGUUCAU